AUGAAACGAACUGAUGAUGAAGCACCCUUUACAGGUGUAAUACUUCCACAUGAGGCUUCUCUCGCCGACUUCGACCCUCGCUGCUGUCCUUGUUGUACUGCAGAGAACUUCAAAAUUGACAUAUUAGGCACGCCCAAGUCCAAAUGGAAUAUAUCCGCUACCAAAGUGUUUGCGCGUGAUUUUGUCGCUUACCAUCCCAGUUUCAAUAUCGAUUCCGUCCAGACUGUGUUUUCCACACAUUUAAGAUCAUUGAAGCGCUCCUUUAAGCAGGCAGGACUCGACAACGUCGCAUCGAGUGCACGUCAAAAAGAAGACCGGAGAAAGGAACACAAGCGUUCGGUAUGUAUUUGUUUGUAUCACAGACGUUUGGACACCGCCCAUGCAGUUUCAGACCUACACCCACACAUCACAAUGCUCAUGAGAAUUGGUCCUGACGGGAUGAGCAGCGACGAGACAGCCAAUGAGAAUAAUGUCCCUCAAUACCGUAUACUUGGAAGGCACUGGCACAGUCUGGAAGUGACUGCUUGGCUACAGGUAUUUGAUGUGAUGUACCGUCAUAAUCGCUGGGGCCCUGCGGGGAUUGGUUCACGCGGCAACAAUGCUCAAAUGCGAUUUGAGUCCAUGUCCAUGGGUCACCCACAGAGGGCUGUCCGUCGACUUCCUCGUAACACAUACCGUGCUGAGUGGUAUGAUAGUCUCGAUCAAUAUGACCGCGAAGAACUUGACAGGUGUGAGGCUGAGGUGUAUGCCUUCACGCAUGUUCCUGGCAUUCAGCUGUAA